CCCAUCAUCAUGGCAGUUGAAAAAUAGCGUUUUAGCCGCUGAAUACUGCCUCUUAGCUUUCAUUUAAACAGACAGACAGUGAAGCAUUUUAAAUGUAGCGACAUAAAGUAUAAUUGCAGAGCAUGUGUAUAGUUGAAAUUGUGCUUAUAGGGUGUAAAAUGAGAUGUUUGUGGUAACAGGUGGAACGAAUCGAGCUCAUUGGGAAGAUGUUACUGAAAAUACUCCUUUGACUUUUGUGAAUGAUUGUGUUUCGUUCACGACGACUGUGUCAGCUAGAUAUUGGCUCAUUGACUGUCGACAUGUCGAGGAUGCUACCAAAAUGGCAACAGAGUUAUACAGAGAAGCGAUUCAUGUUCCUUUCAUGGCACGUUUUGUUGUAUACGCCAAGCGGACUGACGAAUGUCAAGCGCAGUUGCGCAUGUUCUGCGUCACUGAUGAUAAAGAAGACAAGACUUUGGAGCGCAUUGAGCGAUUCAUACAAGUGGCUAAGAGUCGGGACGUAGAGGUCCACGAAGGAAAACCAGUCUACCUUGAAUUCGGUGGUAACCUAGUACCAGUGGCAAAAUCUGGUGAACAACUCUCGAUACCAUUUAGGGCAUUCCGUGAGAACCGGGUUGCUUUCCCGGUCAUGAUCAAGACACAAGACCUGGAACCGAUCUGCAGGUGCCAAUUCAUGAGGGAUCCUAAGGUUCCGAAGGGAGAACCAUCACCAGCACCGAUCGCAGUUCUCAACAUUAUGGUACCAGAUGAACCCACAGAGAGGACUUCUCCUAUCCCAACAGAGACUGUGCCGAUGCGUACAGAAGAACAGGAGUUGAUAUGGAGGCAGAGACUUAGUGACCCAAGAUUGGAGGAUAUUUGCAACCUGCUUGGAAAAGACUGGGUAGCGUUAGCUUACGAGCUUGGCGUCAGCGUGGCCACCGUUAACCAGAUUCAGGCAAAGAGGAUCACUGCAGCAGAGCAGGCACAGCUGAUGCUGAAGCUCUGGAAGACGCAGUCUGGAACUAAGGCACUUGACAAUUCUUUGGAGUUAGCACUAUGUCGUAUCGGCAGAGACGAUAUAAUUGCACCUCAGUCCGAAUUGACCAACGAAAGACGAAUCCAACGUAAUAUUUACCAAGAGAGGCAAGCUUCAGAAGAAAUUGAAGCGUAUAAAGCUGAAGAAGACAAUAAACUCAAAGACCGAAUAUAUGAUGAAGAUCAAAUACCUGAACAUAGAGAGUCAGAACAUGAUCAAGAUGAAGCCAAGUACUCUCCUGAAGAGAAGUCGAUAAUAGACAAGAGCGAAGUGGAGAGAACGCCUACGCCGAGCGAAGAAAGCGAGGAAGAUGAAGAUGUCAAACGAAGUGUGGCCGAAAGGAAGGAACAAAUUACAAGGAAGUUAAGUUCGAGCAAAAUACCUGCAUCGAAACAAAAGAAGGAGAUUCGUGAGGAAAUUAUAGAGAUAAAGACUCAAAUCAAACCCGACAUUAAGAAAUUCCAGGAUAUUGAGCAACAGGUUAAAGAAAAAGAUCCAAAACUAGAAAGGACUAGAUCGAAAACUUCUCCUGACACAGUCGAAGAAGAAAGGGAGGUUGAAGUAGAAAGAGAAGAAGUAGUAGAAGUAAAGAAAGAAGAACCUAAACCAGUUGAGAGACCAGUGGAUCAAUUCAGGAAGUAUGAUCCCUCAUCACCUGCAAAGCCAACACCCAAACAUUUGCAACGGCAUAUGAGAAAUGAAUCUAUGAGGUUCCCAUCUGGUGACUUUUCGAAUGUCACGAUAACUCCGCGUAAAUCAGUUACUGCAGAAACAUCUGAAAUUAAAGUAACUGAAACUAAAGAUACUUUUACAAAAGAAGCUAUAUCUCAAAAAGAAAUAGUGACUUCCCGAGUUGAAGAAAAACUUGAAGAUGGUGAGAAAUCACCCGACUUAGUAUCCGAAGAAGUAGACAUUGCUGAAGCUCCACUUAGAGCUAAAAUCAGCUCGUUUGAGUCCAAAAUGUCCAAAGACUCUUCCAUUGAACUGCCUAAAACUACUGUUAAGUUAACAAAGGAAGCACUAAAGAAACAUACGCUCGAGCAGGAACAAGGAAUUGAAUACACGCAAGAGUUUGUUAGAGAGCAAUCCAAGCAGAUAUCAAGUAUUGAAACGCAUGUUACUCAUAAAGUAUCCGUCGAAACAGAAAAACACACAGAACAGGUGAAAUCUGUCAAAGAGACAAUACAGCACUUCGAUUCUAAGAUAAAACUAGAAGAGAAAUCUAAGCCUUACCAUAAAACCAUGAGAACAGACUCUACAUUGGUUCAAGUGUCUUCAGAAGAAGACAGCGAAUUCUUAAAAAAAUCUACGGAUUCAGAAACCGAGACUGAAUCUCAAACGACUGUCAAAGUUGACAAACUAGAACAGAAAAGUAAAUUCAAAAUGGACCGCGACGUCUUUGACAAGAAACCCGACUUUAAAGAAUUACCCAAAGAUUUCAAGGAUGAUACAGACAAAAAAUCUGAUGAUGACGAUAAGAAAGAUGAUCAACCAGCAAUUAAGAUGGAAAGUAAACUUGAAAAGCAAUUGACAUUAGAAUUGCGAGCGAAAACUAGUGAUGAAGAUAUCACGGAAACGUUAGAAGAGAAAGAUGUAUCUACAAGUGACAGAUAUAGCAAAGACAAGGUGGAGACACAGAUAUCAGUAACGAGUAUAAAGUCAGACUUAAGUAGACAUACGAAAACUGAUUCUAUGGGAUCUGAAGUUCAGGAUUUGAUAAGCAAGAAAUUAUCCCAAGAAUCACCUGCUCAGUCUGCAAUCGAUAAAGCUGAUUCAUUUGCGGACCUACAACAAAGCACUGAAAAAGAUUUCAGUUUUGUAUCACAGACUGAAUCAAAGGUUUAUUCAAAAGACUCAAAACAUAGAAGCGAUUCUUUAGACGAGGCUUCUCAGUUCUCAGACUUGGAAGAUCAAGUUGGCACAAGUCCAGCUCGUAAAACACCGAUUGAAAAAGAUUUAGACCAAACACUAAUUAGAUCUACUACUACAACAACUGUAGUGGAUAGAAAUGAAGCAAGGGACCAGACAUUGGAAUUCAUUAAAUAUGAAAGUGAACACAGCUCGCAAGUCAUUGGAGCUGCCUUAGGUCAAAAAGAAACCGACAAGGUAUCGCCUAAAGAAUCUCCAGUUAUUAGCGCUAAAGCGCGACAAUUUAUUGAAACAGUACCAGAAGAUGAUUCUGUUCAAGAGUGCUUCUUCUCGAAGCGUAUUUAUUCAGAUUCUUUAGAGGAUUCUGAACAUACAGACUCACGGCGCCACUCAGAAGCGGAAUCGUUGAAAUCAGAUCAGUCUGAUGUUAAGGCUAAAGUGUCUUCGUCUGAUUUCGAUGAACGAGCAGAAUAUGAGGAAACUGCUGAUUCUGGCAGCGGCUUUGGCGAUGAGAAAUUCGAAGAAAGCGUCGGCUUUACAUCCAUGAGAAUUGACGCUAAAGUAGAACUUGAGAAACAAGACUCUGGGUCUGAUAAAGCUGAAGAGCCAGAAAUGGUUUUCAAGAAAAUGACUCCGAAACGUCAUUCGAGAACGGAAUCCAUAUCUAUUAGUAAACUGAGUGAUUUACAACUUGAUGUAGAUGCUUCAAAACCUAAACAAGAAUUCCAAAUGAUUGUAACCGAGGCUGAAGAAGUCGAUCGAUCGGACAAGGAUGAACUGUCUGACAAAAUCUCCUCUGAAAGUAGCAGGGAGAUUGAAAUGUCAGACCGAAAAUCAUCCGAAGGUAUUUCGGAUAAGAUCAGCUCUGAAGAUGCUGUUACGGAAAAGAAGACUUCUUCUGAAGAAGAAGCAGCUAAGGAAGGAGACCAGUUACUUGAACAAGGAAAAGAAGUCGUAACAGCUGUUAUUGAAACUGUGAAAGAUAUUGAGACUGUUGAAAUAAAGUCUCAUGCUGUAAAGGAUGAAGUUCAAGACAAAGUUGAUGCAGUUAAACGCCAAUCAGUCACGUCAGCUGGCUCAGGUUCAGUCAGUGAGCUACGUCUUGAAGAAAAAAGGCUAUCAGAUGCGCACAGCCUUACAGAAUCCAGGGAUUACACGUUCGAAGAGUCUGAAGAUGACAUUGGAACUCAAGGAACUCACGUAGAUAUGUCUAAAGACAAAGUCGAAGUUAGGAUUGAAAGCGAUUCUAAGACCAAGACUGUGUCAGGCAAAACAGACCAAUCAAAACUAGCAAAACUGACGCAUGGUGACUCAUUAGAUGAUGUUGAAGGAUUUCCUGAAGAUCAUGUCAUUGACUAUGUCCACAAACUACCACAUAUCGCUGAGAUUGGUUCAAUCCCCGAUAAAGACAUGACUAGUGACUUCUUAAGCAAAGAAAGAGAGGAACAACUAAAACGUGAAGCAGUGCAAGUUGUUACAACUACCGUAACUGAAACAGUUUUACCGGUGAAAGAGGUUAAAAUUAUUGAGACCAUCAAAACAGAUCAAGAUGAAACACCUAGAGAAGUUGUGUACACAACAAGGCAAACGGAAACUACAUACUCAGUUACCUCAAAGGAAGAGCCAACAGUAGUUACUGAAGUUAAAACUAUCAUCAAAGAUGGUACUUCCACAACUCAAGAAAUCACUGAAAUAAGGAAGCAAGUGGUUACUAGCGAAGGUGGUAAAUUCGAUGUUUCAAAAAUAAGAACUGAUACUCUUGGGAACUUUGACAUCGGAGAUUUAGAAGAAGUUAAAAAGUUUGUGCCUAAGGAUUUAGAUUUAAUUGAAACGACUGAGAUAACCAAAGAACAAGUAAAACCAGUUAUUGAUGACAUUUUACAAAAAGGGACAAUUGCUGCAGCGGCCAGGAGCCCAAUUUUGGACAAAGAUAUUAAGGUUAUUACUAAAGAAAUUGUAGAGACUGAAAAGAGGUCUUAUGAUGCUAAAGUUCCCGUCAAAGAGGAACGCAGACAUUCUUGUAUCAGUCCCGCUAUUUCGCUUGAAAGAAUAGCGGAAUCUGAAGUGGAGACGGAAGACGAACCCCCUAAACCAUCGACUAGCCUUGUUAUUGAGACUUCAAAAACAACUGAAACCAAAACCGAAAUGAAAAAGUCUGAUUCAGCUAUGAAACAAAUGGCUGACAACAUAGAAAUAAUAAUUAAACAAGCAUCUGAGGAUAUUGACCUUUCGUCAGAAGAGCAUCCCGCUGAAGAAGAAACGCAAGACAUUGCAGGUCGUGUCUCAGUUGAUUCUAUAAUUGAAGAAGCUGUGACCACUGUUGAAGGGUACUUAGAUGAAAAAGAUUCGAAAGAACAAGAAAUUGAAGCAAAGAAAGAAAUAGUCUUUGAAGAGACUAAGAAAUUCGUAAAGGAACGACCGGGACUUAUUAAAUCUCUAUCACGAGAUAGUGGUGAAAUAGUUAUCAUGCCAAAGAAGAAACAUCCUAGAACGUUUUCAGUCCAAAGUUCACCAGAAGAAGUAGAAGAACAGAUUUAUACUGAUUCAGAAUCAGAAAUGGACAAAGCCAAAGUAUUAGAAAUUAUAGAACCAAGUUCAGAUGUUGACGGUAAAGUUCCAGCAUCUAGUUUUGAUACUAGGAAAAUUCGUACUGAUUCCCUUGAUGACGCUGACGACUUCCCCGAAAAAGAGGCUGAAUUUUUCGGCGAUGAGGAUAAAUAUAGUGAAGAACGUGGCACAUUCCAACAACCUAAAUCUCAAGAGUCAGCACCAAGCUCAGACAUGGCAGCUUCUAGUACAAGCGCUCAGCAUGAUGGAGAAGAAGAAGACAAGUUCAGCGAAUCAUUUGUAAAGAAAACUCAAUUUGUUGACGGAAUAUUUCGAUCUGAUUUAGUAUCAAAAUCUACAACUGAAUCUUCAGUAACAACCGUCAUAUCAACAUUAACUAAGUCGUCAGAUGACGAUCAAAAGUCAGUUUUGGAAGAUGGCACUUCAGCCGAUUUUUCAAAGAUCAGCGGUGCUGACUUGGUCAAGGACCCAUCUAAAACUUCUAUUGAUGCGAAAGAAGACUCAAGAAUGGAGGAACAAAUUGAAGACCGGGGUACUCCGGACUUAUCCAAGAAAUCGAUCGAUUUAACUAAAGAUUAUUCAAAAUCAUCAAUUGAUAGUAAAGAUACUUCCAGAGAUUUUGCAACAAAUGAACUGUCUAAAGAUUCUACUGUAGAUUUAACUAAGGAUUAUUCUAAAGCUUCCGUAGAAAGUGUUAAAGAAACUUCUAGAUCCAUCGAUGAAAAGACAUUCUCCGAAGAUCAUUCAUCGCUGGAUGUAUCAAAAACCCUGGCAUCAGAUGCUUCUGAGGGUAUAACUGUAAGCAAGGAAUUUGUUGAAGAUGAGAGAUCAGUGUCAAGGAUUAUGAGGGUAUCGACUAGCUCGUCUCAAGAAACCUCGAUUCUAACAGAAAGCAAAUUGUACAGCGACCACGAUGAUAAGUCUUUAGAAAAAAUUAAGCCAUCUGAUAGAUCUGAGCAAGAUUUCAUUGGCGAAAUGGAAGAAAAAAUUGCGCAGCUGCAGUCAGAGUUUAGGAAGGAAGAAGAAAGUAUUAGAGAUCUUUCUGACAAAGCCCCUGAAGUAAAAGAGGUAAAAAAAGAAGUCACUGUGAAAGAAUUUAUUGGAGACGAUAAAUCUGAAAACAUUAUUGAGACAACACAAGUGGUAACACAUACAGUUGAACAUAUUGUACAGGGAGUAAAUGAAGUGGAACACAAAAUCGACGGAAAAUUAGAAGAAAAGUCGGAUGAUGCAGAUAUCGAAGCGGAAGCCGCAGAUGAGGUUCCUGACAUGAAAGAAUUAAAUAGAAGGUGCUCAAACUUGUUGGAAGAUAUUUCACAAGGAGCUCUGAUUAGGAUUGACUCGUCUCAUGUCACUCACGACCUUGCAUCGAAAUUCUCCAAGACCCCACCACCAUCUCCCGUCGAUUUAACUCUUAAGGAGAAAGCUAAAGCGGAGGAAGGUUCUGGCGAAAAGCACGGAUUACUGGCUGGGCUACAACCUAAAGGCUCAGAUUCUUCGUUCCUGGACGCUAGCCGUCAAUCACCAAGAGCUUCAUCAGCCGGGGACAGUCUCAUCAGCGAAACUGAAGCUCACCAAAGUGAAGUAUUAAUGGAAGCGUCUAAGGCACUCACUGCUGCCGCCAGACCCAAAUCUCCAACAAAGCAUGUCGCCGAUAACAUGACAUUUGUCAAUGUGGACCAGCCGACCAUCACUAGUGGUGCCAUUGAACUUGUAGACCGAACUAUAGAAAAAAGCAUUGAUGUCAUUGAUCAAAUUAAAAAAGAACAGCUUGCUGUGAAAAGGGAAGAGCUGCAAACCUCGACUUCCACUGACACAUUCUACAGUGAGUCUAGGGUGGAAACUUCUUCCUCAUCAGUACAUAAAACAUUUGAGGGUGGCGAGUUAAAGUUCCAAUCUAUUGAUCCUGAAGCUGUUAUGUCCAAUAUGGUAGCCAAAUUUGGCACCAAAGAUGAUUUUAGCACUAUUUUAACUCACAAAGAAACAGAAACAAGGAAAAUCUCUGGCCAAGAAUUCUUCUCUGAGACAAAGCAAGUGUCAUCAUCUGACGAUGACUCAUUGGUUAUUAAAACUGAAACAAAACAUGAACUUAGGGGACAAGAACAUGAAAUGAAAGAAAAAACUAUUGUGCGCAAGGAUGGAGACCAAACAGAAACUUCACAAAAAAAAUUAGAGCGAGCUCAUGAAGCUACUGCCAAACGAUCGGAUACUGAAACUAAAACUGUUAGAAGUACGGAUGAUGCAGAUAUAAUUAAGGUUGAAAGAGAGUUUUCUGAACAAGGUCUUUACACAGGACGACAAACUAAAUCCGAAGAAAAGAUGACUGCUAUCAAAGAUGAAACCAUUAAAAAAAAGCAUGAAGUUAAAAUAUCGGAACGAGAUAUGUCACAUGAGCAAUGGGGCAAGGAAUAUUUUACUGAGCCAGGAGAAUUAGAAGACAUUGUUGAAGAUAGUGACGGCACAGCCAGAGUGGCAUAUGUAGAUUCCGCUUUGAAAAUCAUUGAAAAAGACGAAGUCGUAUCAAGUGUUGAAGUUUCUGAAAAGGGGAAAGUAGUAAGCUCAACAAUUGAACAUCAUAAGGAAGAAUCUGUAAUCGAAAGUAAGGAACACGAUGAUUUAAGCUCUGAUGCUUCACAUGCACCAAGCUUUAAAAGUGAACCAACUGAACGAAGAGAUUCUUGCGAGGCCAGCCCAAAGAGUAAAUCUAAAUCGUUUAAAAAGGACGACGAAAUAUACGAAGUAAAUUUUAUAAAAGAAAUUAAAGUUACUACGUCCCCAGUCAAGAGCUGUUUUAGUCGCACUGGAAGUCAAGACACACAUUCUGAAUCUGAAAUUGCACCAGAAUUACCUCAUGAUGACAGAACUGGAGACACUCCGAAAAAAGAAAAACCUGCUAAAUCUCCGAUAAAACUACCUCAACAACAAAUUCAAGAUCAAGUCUGGGAAGUAUCUCUGCAAAAAGCAGACUCAUUUGAAAUAGCUGAUGAAAUACCAAAACCUAAAAUAACUACUAGUAUUGAGCCAUCUACUGCCACCAAAAGUUCAGAUGGUGAGUCCAUUUUAGAAAUUAGAACCUUAGUUGAAUCAAGAACUGAAGUGACUAAAACAUCCAAAACUGACAUGUCUCCGAUAACAUUUGAACUGUCUGAUAUUGAAACUAGUACCACAUCAAAAGAUAUAAUGAUAAAGUCCGGUGAAAGCCUAGACACGGAAUGUAUGAUUAAAUCAUUGGAGUCGCAUGAAGGAGAAGUUCUGCAAAAAUCCAUGGAUUCAACCAUGAGUGCUGAAACUUUACAUCCAUCCGAGUUCUCCACAGAAGCUGACUCAGCUUUUUUAACUGGAACUGACCAUAAGAAAGAAGAAGUGAAACUUGUAAAGGAAAAAAGCCUUGAAGACAUAUGUAGUAGUGGAUAUGACACUGAUCUCUCCUCUGCCGAGUUUCAUGCGACGAAACUCGAGUCAGAAAGGGUUGAUUACGAUUCACUAAUGUCUGCUCAACCACUCACCGACUUGUCAGUUUUGGAAAAAACUAUAGAUGAAGUCAAACAGUCUCUUGAAGCAGCACAAGGUGAAAUCAUCAGUGAAAAAAGCGAUGGUAGCAGUAAAUAUAAGCAAUCCCCAUCCGAAUUCCAAUUCAAACUACUGAUUAGUCCUGACAGACCGGAAGUUAUUACUGAAGAGCAACAUGAUGACCAUGACAAGACUAUUGUAUCUACAGAAAAAGAAGAUAAGAUGUUGGAUAGCCAACUGUCUGAAGGCACUUCACAAAAAAUCAGUUCUCAUGAUGAUACAACUACCUCGGACGAAGAAAAAGAUACCGUUCACGUGAAAGAAUCCAGUCCACCCUUAGAUACUGGUGACCUCUCAAUCAGAUCAGAUAGUGGUCCACACUCGAUUAUUGAAACUGAUAGCGAAAUUGUACUUUAUGAUCGAGACAAGUCAAUAAGCAGUCUUGAGGUUAAGCUGCGGGACCAAAAACAUAUUAAGUCCAAACUGGGUGUUAGCGACCGUCGAUCAGCUUCUGAAGUAGAAGGCUGGUCCAGUUCUGGAGAGAGCCAUUAUCAUAGCUUCGAACAUUCUGAGAGCAGACCAUUGUCUUCGGAUGUUGACGUUAUGAUGACUGCUCAAAGUGGUACUGAGUUUGAAACUGCUUUAACGAGCCAUGACAUUUCAUCUCAAUCAUUGAGAACUUCUAAGGACUAUUUCACUGCUGGCAGUUCACUUGCCUCUCGUGACAGUAUGAAGAGUUUAGAUUCCGAUGGGUCGAGCCAUGUUGCCAGUAUUGACAUUUCUGAUGCUUCAGAAACGCUAGUACCAUCAGCAAAUGAAUUAAAAGAAGAAUUGAUGGAAAGUAGCACAUAUGUUGAACAGUUCUUACAUGAAGCAGAAAAGAAACAGGAAAAAGUUAAAGAUGUAAGUGAUGAGGAAGUAUCUGGUGAUGAGGAUGAGAGUAAAAUUGAUGUAAUAGAACCUGUAGGAAAAAUGAAAAGGUCUCAUGAGAUGCGAUUUUUGCCCAAAGAUAUGAUACCAGAAAACUUUCCGAUAGAAAGUGCUUCAGAGACCGCAGACGUUGACGAAGAUUCCACUAAAGAUAAAGAAGGUUCAGAUACAACUAUUUCCAGCCAGCUUAAAACUGACGAGAUUCUAUCAUCUUCAAUCUCUAAAUUAGACAUGCCAUCUUCCCAGUCAGAACCAGAACAUGAAGAAGUCAAAGAAGAAAUUAUUAAAACAAAAUCUCAUACCGUAGAAGCAAUACCGUUUUCCGUAACAAAAAUUGAAAAACAGCAAAGAGAGUUUGUUGAUGUUGAAAGUGAUAUUAUUCCUGUAGGAUCAGCCGAAUACGAUGAUAUAGUUAAGCACGGAAGUAUUACACCUGAACCUAGAAAACCAUCUAAAGAAGAAAUAAUAAUUACAAAAAAGACAAUUCAUGAAGCAGAAAGUGCACCCGGCGAAGUAUGUGAAGUGGUGGAGGAAUGCCACAAAAAGAUUAUUAAAGAAGUAAGCGUUGUUCCCUUCCCUAAAACAGAAGUACCACCAAGUCAACGAGAAUUUGUUGAUAUUGAAGACGAAAUCAUUCCCGUGGGAACAAUACAGUAUGAAGAAAUUUUAAAAUCUAAAAGCGAUUCAUCUGUCCCAAAAACUAAGGUUGAAAAGUCUGUAGUAAAGACACCGGAUUCACAACUAGACAGUAAACAAACUUCCACAUCUAGUCUUCAAACACAUGACCAUAUUUCUACUCCCCAUACGCCUUUAUCUGCACCAAGCCAAAGUUCUCUUUCUACCGACAAUGGACGAGAAUACGUUUUAGAUGAUAUGUAUGACAUAUCAGAAACUCCAGAACUGCGGUCAGAUCUUGCUGAAACAAGUAGGUCAGAACUUCUUAUUACGACCGAGGAAAAAACGAUGCACACCUAUGAAAAAGAACAAGAGUCACCUACUAGCGAUGAAUUUGAAAUGGUAGAUAAACCAAGCGAAAUGGAUGACUUUGUAGUAAUUGAAGAAGUAGCCAAAGAGGCACAAGAAACAGAUCCUGAAGGAAAAAGUGUUCAAAUCAAAAUGCAAAAGUUUGAAAAACGACACGAUACCGAAAUAGAAGAAUAUUUAUCAAAAACUUCCAAAAAACAAGAAAGUACCAGCAGCGCAUCGGGUUCUUUGUCCGAUGAUGAACUGCUGCAAUAUGAACUUGAACAAAAGAAACUGGCUGCUCAAGAAUUAGCAGAAAUCGAAGCAGGUAGAAGAUGGAUACAAAUGCAGUUUGAAGGUGAUCCCCGGUAUGACUACGAAAGAGUACCAUUAGAAGACAUUAAGGAAGAAGAAAUGACUGAUUUUGAUGCAAGCAGGAUUGGUAGUUUAACGUCUCAAAAAGAAUCGAUUGGCAGCUACGGUAGUUUUAGGAACUCUUAUGGAAGCCUUUCUGAGUCCGAAAUGGCAUCAAGGAUUAGAUUUAGAGUGAAAGGUGAUAAUGACGAUAUCUCCAUCAGCUCAUUACAAGAGUUCGAAAAUCUUGAAAGGGCUUUAAUGGAACAGUACCAACAACACUCUUCAUCGUCACAGGAUUCACUUAACGGGUCUUUACCAAGGCGUUACAUAUUAAGUAAGAGUCAAGGUGACGACAUAUCGGUGUCUAGCUUGAAGGAAUUCGAAGGGCUAGAAUCUGCUUGUCUGGAAGCUUUAAAAGCUGAAAUUCUAGCCAAGCAAAAAGAAGCUCUGCUUAUGGCAGAUCCGAAAGAAGUAAGUGGUUAUUUCUUGGAAAAAGAAAAACGGUCCUACAGUGGCAGUUCAGAAAGCAGUCCUCCUCAGAAAGGAGGCAGUCCCAGUCAAAAAGGAGGUAGUCCUUCCCAGAAAGUAGGCAGCUACGGCAGUCCAUCACAAAAGAUUUUAACAGAAUCCGCAAGUAUUAGAAAGUUGAUUGAUCAACAAAUGGCAAUUGAACAGAAGCUUCAGCAACAAGUAACACCCAAAGUUAUCACUGUAAAGAAGUUUGAUGAUAGAGGUGCAUUCUUUGUGCCUGAACCUGAGCCUGGAACUUCAGAAUCAGAACCUGAACCACAAGCUGAAGUAACAGAGGAAUGCAAAAAGUCCUCGUCAUUUGUGUGCGCAGCCGCUCCUAGUGACGGAUCAGCUGAAUCAAUACCAGGAGACUGCGAAGAAAUGAUGAAAAUUUUAGAUCAAGAAGAAAAAUCAAAGCAAAGUCAAAGUCAAGCAGUAACUAGAACAUUUACUGAUGGAGGCGUAAUAGAAGUUGUAAGAACGACUACAGUUAUCCAACAACGGUUUGUCGAUGGAAAGAAAGUUUCUGAAACUGUGAGCAGUACUGACGGAGAUGGGGCAGUUGAUAUACCCUCAAGACCGAGACAAUUAGAGGAAAGUGCUAUGUCUUACGGUUCCGAAAUGUCCUCAUCUAUAACAUCACAGCCUUCAGAGAUGGAUAGUUUGAUGACUGUGCUAGAUAGGCGUGGAGGGGAAGUGGUGACGGUGACGCGGCAGACAAUAACAAUGACUGAUAAACCUGAGGAGUUGGAACUAUCUCGGGAAGGGAGCAUGGUCCGUGAGCUGUCGCCCUCCUCGGGGAGAUCGAUAGCUCAUAGUGUAAUCUCGUUUUCCGGUAAACAAUUUACAGAUCCCGCGAGUGGCUCUUGGAGUGGCCAGGACGAGGAUAUGAGCUCGUCUGGAAGCUUUAGUCGGGCUCGCGCGGACUUAAUGCUAGGCAGCACGGAUAGCUUGGAAGCUACCAGUUCUAACGCUACCCGAGCGACCUACAACUAUGAGGUCGACACCCCUAUGACGGGAAGCCUCACUUCUGGAGCGGUGCCCCCUCCAGGAUCGAACACCAUGGUCUCAUCAUUGGACACACUGGACCCUAUCACCGCAGUGCAAAUGGAAAGUUUAGAACAUCAGUCCACUAGUGAACAUUAUUCCCAUGAUUACGAAGUACAAGAACCGGAUUCUGAUACUGAACGAUUGGAACUGGAUAGCCGAACACCUCGAGCAAAAGAACGCACUAUAAUGUUUGACAGCACUGAUAUGAGUGCUGUCAGUGGUGAUGGAUCUGUGAAGGAAGCUGCCGUGGAGACACCAGCACCAACCUUCUACAUUGGGGACACUCCCAUUACAAGAGGAGAACGACGUGAAGACGACGAUGGUCAACCAGCAUUGUCUGGAAGUGCGCCCGCGUCACUCCCACCUGCCACACAACCCUCGCCGCCUAUACCUGCUCAAAGAAGGUCAUUAUCGAUGCUUGCGAAAUCGCCUCCAUCCAGCCUCGACGAAACCAAGAAGUAAAACAAUUUCUAACUAGGCUAGCACAACAAAAUGUGCUUAGAAUCACGCAUGACUCACAAUUU